AUGAACAGGGCCCCUUUGAAGCGGUCCAGGAUCCUGCACAUGGCACUGAUGGGGGCUUCCGACCCCUCCGGAGAGGCAGAGGCCAGCAAGGAGAAGCCCUUUCUGCUGCGGGCGUUGCAGAUCACGCUGGUCGUGUCUCUCUACUGGGUCACCUCCAUCUCCAUGGUGUUCCUGAACAAGUACCUGCUGGACAGCCCCUCCCUACAGCUGGACACCCCCAUCUUCGUCACCUUCUACCAGUGCCUGGUGACCACGCUGCUGUGCAAGAGCCUCAGCAUACUGGCGGCCUGCUGCCCCGGUGCCAUGGACUUUCCCACCCUGCGUCUGGACCUCAGGGUGACCCGCAGCGUCCUGCCCCUGUCCGUCGUCUUCAUCGGCAUGAUCACCUUCAAUAACCUCUGCCUCAAGUACGUCGGCGUGGCCUUCUACAACGUGGGCCGCUCACUCACCACUGUCUUCAAUGUGCUGCUGUCCUACUUGCUGCUCAAGCAAACCACCUCCUUCUAUGCCUUGCUCACCUGCGGCAUCAUCAUCGGUGGCUUCUGGCUUGGCGUGGACCAGGAGGGGGCAGAGGGCACCCUGUCUUGGACAGGCACCCUCUUUGGCGUGCUCGCCAGCCUCUGUGUCUCGCUCAACGCCAUCUACACCAAGAAGGUGCUCCCGGCCGUGGAUGGCAGCAUCUGGCGUCUGACCUUCUACAACAACGUCAAUGCCUGCGUCCUCUUCCUGCCCUUGUUCCUGCUGCUCGGGGAGCUUCAGACCCUCCGUGACUUUUCCCAGCUGGGGAGCGCCCACUUCUGGGGCAUGAUGACCCUGGGCGGCCUGUUCGGCUUUGCCAUCGGCUACGUGACGGGACUACAGAUCAAGUUCACCAGCCCCCUGACCCAUAACGUGUCCGGCACCACCAAAGCCUGUGCCCAGACGGUGCUGGCUGUGCUCUACUACGAGGAGACCAAGAGCUUCCUCUGGUGGACAAGCAACAUGAUGGUGCUGGGGGGCUCCUCUGCCUACACCUGGGUCAGGGGCUGGGAGAUGAAGAAGAUUCAGGAGGAACCCAGCCCCAAAGAGGACGAGAAGAGCAGCAUGGGGGUGUGA